UCAUUUUUGUUAGACAUAUGUCAAACUAAACUCCAAAGCAUAUUUCAUAUUUACGAUAAAAUAAACUCAAAAAUGGAAUCGAAGGAUGGCAAAUCAACUUCAGUUGACGAAAAACAAAAACCUGAUACCACAAAGUUGGACAAAAGUAAGCUGAGCGACUUAAAAGAAAAAAGCUACGUAACUAGGCAAGUAGAAACCUCUGUAACCUUGCUUGAUAGCCCGGAAAAUGAUAUUGUCUUGGAAGCUUUGCUUUUUAUCUCUAAAUAUGCAGAUAUUAAUAAUAAUAAUUUAAUAUAUUUAAUCAAAAGUGGAAUCGUUAGCAAGCUCUUAAAUAGCUUCACCAAAAAUAUUUGCAUUUUAAGGAUUUCUCUUCGGCUUUUGUCCGUAGUUCUUAGCACUGACGAUGGUUUAUAUGAGAUUGAUCAAGAUAAAUAUGAUGAUAAGAUCUUAGAAAUUUCAAACAUGUAUAUUGGACAUAAGGAUGGAUUCGUUAAAGAAUAUUGCGUUGAAAUUCUUGCAAAAGUAGCCAGCUCCUGUAGAGUAACCACAAUAAUUUUUAAUACAGACCUUUUUAAUCCAAUGUUUGACAAUAUUAAAAGCGCUAAGAAUGUGAAUAGCUUGUACCAUAAUAUGCUUUUAUUUUAUAAACUAAUAGACGCUCCGGCUGCUUUAAGCGCACUUGCUGAAUAUUCCAAAUUUGACACAAAUAUUAUAAUAGCGCAUAUGAAUCACAAAGAAAAAAAAGUAGGAAAUUUCGCUCUAGAAACAAUCGAAAAAUUAACUAAAUAUGGUCUUCCCUUUCUGCAAGAGAGUUUUAAAAAAUUUGGCAUUAUGGAAAAAAUGUUUAAGAUUUUAAUGGAUGAGCAAAAAGAAUAUCAACAUUCUACAGUAAUCAAUAUAAUUCAUAAUUGCCUAAAUUCUGAAGAGACGAGCACUUAUUUUGUAGAGUCUAUAGAAUUUUUAGAACUCUGUCAGUGGGUAAAGAACUGUCAUCCAAGAUAUCUAUUGCCUUUAUCAGAGUUAUUUAUUAAAAUUACUAAUACACCAGAUCUCCAGCAGAUGCUUUUUGAUUUGUCUGUGGAAGAAUCGAUUCUUUACUUCUUCAGAUUAAAGCAUAAAGACGUUAUAAACCAAACUUGUAGAGCUGUUUCCAAUAUGACUGCACACAAAUAUUGCUGCGAACACAUGCUAACACCAGUUGUUGCUGAAACCUUGGUUGAGGUCUUGGAACGUCAAAAUGAUGAAGAGGAUCCAUAUAAUCAGAUAGCCUGGAAAACUGUUUUCCAUUUUAUACGAAGAAGUGUUAAUGGUUUAACACUUUUUAUGGAAAAGAAGAUUAAACCUGUUCUUCUGGAUUUUUUUCUAAACAAAGCUCACCUAGUUACAGAGGAAACUUAUCUUAUGAUUAUUGAAAUUAUUUUUAGAUGUCUGGUACAUCCUCAAUACCAAGAGGAGUUUAUUCAUAAAGAAUUGCUUCAGGAAGUUCUUAAGUUAUUUAAAGAAUCGGAGAAUACUGUAGUAACUACAUUUUGCUGUGAAAUUAUGACCUCUAUUAAUCAUUUAAAUGCAUUUAGAACCUUCUUUUUACAAAAUGGACCUUUAAUUAUUAUUAACAAAUUAAAAAAUUUGAAAGAUGUAAAUUUGAUUACUGAAAUUUUAUAUUUUAUUUUUUCUUGCCUUAUCUACGAAGACAUUGCAAUGGCAUUUUUGCAUCAAGGCCUACUACAAGUAUUAAAGACAUUUGAUGAAUAUAUUUCGUAUAAUAUACCUAUAUUGAAAAAAGUUAACAAUUUGGCUAUAAAUUAUUAUCUCCCACUGAAAUUUUACAAAACCGGCAAACUAGAAAUUACUGAUAAGUUACCAAAUAAGUUUUACGUUAUAAAUGGUAUUUGGUGUGAUACUUUUCCUUUCAUAGAAAUUUUGGAAAUGAUGAAAGUUACUCCAUAUCCUACUAUAUAUUUGGUUGACUAUUCAUAUGAAGUAAGAAAAGGCGUAACACUGGAAGCUGAAAGUCAAGAAACUUUAAAAUCAACUACAUCUUUACUCUCAAAGUCGACAGAUUCUAAUUUAAACUCUACGACAUUAAGUAGGAUAAGUUUAACACAGAGUCCAUCAGUAUUCGAUAUUAAGUAUGGUAAAAUCUCAACAGAUAUAUUCUUGCCACGUUAUAUUUAUCACCUUAAAAAAUAUGACGUUUUCUUGCAAGGCCCUAUGGAAGAUAGAAUUCGCCUUCUUGCUGAAUAUGUCGAUACUCUGUUGUGUGGUCCUAAGGAUGAUUUAUCGCUGCCACAAAAGAUUCACGAAUAUCAACUCCAUAUUCAAUGCCUCAAAGAAAAACUCGGAAACAACAUUAUUCCAAUUGGGUUUCUCAGAAUGGGUUUUCAUUGUGAACGGGCAUUAUUAUUUAAAGCAUUGGCCGAUAAGAUAUGUAUCCCAUGCUCGCUUGUUAAAGGAAGUUUAAAAAUAUAUUGGAAUGAAGUAGCGUUGUUUAAAGAAGUUGAUGGUGAGGAAAGGCUGCAGAUUUAUGUAAUAGAUUUGAUGUAUGAAAUUGGAAAUUUAAUGUUAGUGGGUACCAAGCAGGCUAAUAAAUACUGUAAUUUAAAUUAAA